AAGUUUUGCCAGAGUCUGUGUUAAGACGGAUGUUUAGCAUGUUUAGCUCACUGUCUAGCAUCAGAAAGCAGCUGGGAAUUUUGACAAAAUUACAGACUAUCAUCCUAUCUUAUUAGCUUAAUUUCACUAUGCAGUUCUUUAUCUUAAUCAAAAGAGAAUUUUUCCCAGAUAUUCUGAAUGUCACCUCAUGUUAGCCUACCAACCUUUGACCACUUGUUAUAUUAACAGGUGUGUUAUUGUGCACCAGUUCACUUCAGAAGACUGUUUAUUCCUAGCAGUAGCAAACUGAUAUGUUAUAAACGUAGAGGAUCUAUGGAGGAAUGUUUUCUCUGGGGUUGCAGGCAACAAGCUCAAUGAUUGGUAACUUCUUGCAGCAAAGAGCAGUGGCAGGUCAAAGACAUAUCCGUGAUUUAUGUGAGGAAUCGGGCGUGAUGCGUCGUCCCGGCCUGUCUAUAUGAGUUAUUGGAGCAGCUAAUUAAGAUUUCUCAUACCGACAUCCUCCAGGUCUCUUGCAGUCACUAAACCUUCUCGGGUUUCACAUUUGGCUCCAUAAAGAUUAGUUUGAGAACAUCCCUUUUUCUCUCCACCACCCUGAUAGAGCCAUAUUUUCAGUCCAACCUCAGAGUACAUGUUCUGUCUUCUUCACCCUACAUUACACCCUGUUAUUGUGUUGACUUUGUCUUGGAUGCUAUCUAGAUAUUCCUUGCAGUGAAAGAUGGCUGGUAGAUGCAAUAACUUGUACAUGCUACCUGCUACUUUUUAAGUUGCACUUAAAAAACAAAUAUCAUUUUGAAAGUGGUGGAAAUAGACUUCAAAGUUCAGUACUUCAAGCUUCUUUUGUCAAUCAUUUUAAAACAAUGAAAUUAAUAGUUACAUGUAAAAAGUGAUGAGCCAUUACUCAUUAACCCGGUGUCCAACAGGCAGAUGUUUUCCAAAAAGACAAGCUCUGACAAACCUACAACAAAGAGAAGGAUACUUUUUUCUCCUGAGCAGUUGGUGGAGACCAAAGCAGAGCCAGAAGGGAGCGAAUGUUACACAUGUUUCCUUUCACAACAUUUAUCACAUGUUUACAACUCUGACUUGGAUGGAUGGAGAGAUUCCCAUAGUUGUGUGGGGGGACAGCUACAACAAUACACAUCUCUCACAUUCAUGAUUACACAAUAAUAGUUGGAAUAAUUUACGUGGUACAGCAAUAGAAUAACACUAGAGAUACUCCUUAACGAUUACCUGAUCAUUUUUCUGUGACUGCAGGAGUUUUACAUCUAAAUGAUUCCUUUUUCUUUCUCUUUGUGCUUUUCGAUGUGUAAAAGGUUCCGCUGUUGUUGCAUUGCCACCUAUUUCAACUGAGUGCGUGAUUAGUGAAAAAACGCUUCAAGCUACGACAGUUUGUCAGAACAAGUAGCCUUCAAAAUAAAAGCAGCUGGCUAUUUGAAGAACUACGAACUGCAUCUUAUAUACUCAUAAUUGCAUGUUGAAAUUAUGGAAGUAUUUUCAUAUGUAAAGUUCUAGGUCCCAACCACUUUUAAAAAAGACGAAAGAUGCAACGUAUUCAUGUGGAGCUUUACUUUGAAGGGGGCCAAUAAGAAGUCUGUUUGUAAUGUGGGAGACUUUCCCCGGUGUACUGUGGCCAUCAGAACGAGGCACGCGUGCUGCUCUCACUAAUGGAUUAAGCCGGGGCUCUUAUUCUCCCAACACACAGGCUAUCGGCUGUACUAAACAAUGACUAUGCGGUGGCUCGAAAAGGUUCUGAUCCUCACAUUGGCCCUAUCAAGUCCAACUACAUGCCAAAAAAGAAAAGGGAAAGGACAAAGAGAUGAUUACCAGGUCAUCAUCAAUGAGGCCAAAACUCUGAUCUGCCCGGUGGAGAUCAUGUUCAUCGUGGACAGCUCAGAGAGGGCCAAAUCUCUGCUAUUUGAGCGUCAGAAAGACUUUGUCCUGCGCUUCAGCACUAAGCUCCUGCAGCUGCAGUCUGCCGGCUGGCGGCUGCGGCUGCGCCUGGCCGCUUUGCAGUACAGCAGCACCGUGUCGGUGGAGCACAACUUCAGGGACUGGCAGGACCUGGACGUCUUUCAGAGCCGUGUGGCCUCCAUGACCUUCAUCGGCCACGGCACUUACACCGCCUACGCCAUCACCAACUCGACCCAAGUAUUUGGCCGCGAGACGUCCUCUAGCAGCCUGAGGGUGGCCCUGUUGAUGACGGAUGGAGUGGACCAUCCACGCAGCCCCAGUGCUGUGACAGCUGCCUCCGAGGCCAAGCGGCUCAACAUCAGGGUGUUCGCCAUCGGGCUGUCGGGCCCGCAGAGGGACGACUCCAUGGGUACGAAGCUAAGAUCCAUAGCCAGCGCCCCCCCGCAGCAGCACAUCCUCAGCCUCGCUGACAGCCAGCUGGAUGACAGGCUCUUCAAUGAACUGAACUCAAUUGUCAAAAUGGGGUGCCCUCCGCCAAAGAACUGUCUGUGUGAGCGGGGGGAGCGGGGUCACCCUGGAAGCACGGGUAAACCAGGCGAGCCGGGGUCUGAUCGAGCUCCGGGUCCAAUGGGAUCUCGUGGGGAACCUGGCAUUAACGGACGUCCAGGAAUGGAGGGCCUUGAGGGUCGAACGGGCAUCGAAGGGGAAAAGGGAGAACAGGGGGAAUGUGGUGCCACUGGUAAACAAGGAGAACAGGGUAGAGAUGGACCCCCUGGCCCCAGAGGCCCUAGAGGAGAGCAGGGAGCGAGGGGAGGACCUGGUGAUCAAGGUCCUGAAGGGCCAUCUGGAUCUAAAGGUGAACGAGGACUGAGAGGUGCAUCUGGACCUCGAGGAGAUAACGGCAUUGGGUUCCCUGGUCCCAAGGGUGACAAGGGGAACCAAGGAAGACCAGGUCCUCCUGGACCAAUGGGUAUUGGGGAACCAGGAGCACCAGGUCCAGCAGGGCCACCAGGGAUGCAAGGAUCACCAGGGUUUCCAGGUGAGGGUCUUCCAGGAUCCAAGGGUGACCGGGGGUAUGAGGGUCCAAAGGGUAGCCGUGGACCUCCAGGAGUUGGGCACAAAGGUGAUAAGGGAAACACAGGAGCCCCUGGGCUGCCUGGCAUGGUGGGGUUCCCUGGGGAAGGAGUGCAAGGAGAAAAGGGGGACCUAGGUCCAGCUGGGCCUUCUGGUCCCAGAGGACCUCCUGGAUUGGGUAUAGUUGGAUCAAAGGGCGACCAGGGUUUUCCAGGAGAGCCGGGACCUCAGGGAGAGAGAGGUGUAGGUGAAAAAGGGCCAAAGGGGGAGCCAGGGUCUGAUGGUACUGCUGGGAUACCAGGCAUUCCUGGUGAGGACGGAGCUGCUGGGCCGAAGGGAGAGAUGGGGUUGCCAGGUCUGCGAGGCCUAGAGGGAGCACAGGGGAAAGGCAUCCAUGGAGAAAAGGGAGAAAGAGGGGACCGAGGGCCAAGGGGACUUCCAGGGUCUCCGGGCCCCGUUGGACCGGCUGGAGCUAAGGGAGAGCCGGGGAGUCCGGGAAUGGUGGGCCUACCUGGAACGGCUGGGCGUGGCUUACCAGGAGCAAAGGGAGAUCCUGGUCCCAUAGGACCAGCUGGACCUGUUGGAGAACCCGGUGUAGGAAUCACUGGGCCGAAGGGUAGCAAAGGAAAUACUGGCCCUUUGGGCCCACCAGGAAUGAAGGGGGAUGGCUUCCCAGGACCACAGGGGCUUCCUGGCUUACCAGGACUGCAAGGAGAAAUGGGACCGGAAGGGAAAGGUCUGCCUGGACCCAAGGGGGACAGAGGCUUGUCGGGUGUGCCGGGGCCAUCUGGUCCUCCAGGGAUUGGACUUUAUGGACCAAAGGGCUCUACAGGGCCGCCUGGUCCACCAGGCCUGUUGGGGCCUCAUGGAGAAGGCAUCCAGGGUCCAAAGGGAGAACCUGGGUUUCAGGGGCCAGUGGGCCCUCGGGGGCCACCAGGGGACGUUCUUCCAGGAGAGAAGGGUAACAGAGGCAGACCUGGAGAUCGGGGAAAGAAAGGAGACAGUGGAAAUGAUGGGGAACCGGGAUCUACUGGACCUAUGGGGAGACCUGGAGAAAAGGGAGAACGAGGACUCACAAGAGAAGAAGUGGUCAGGAUUAUAAGAGAAAUAUGUGCUCUGGAAGGCAAAAUACUGAAUCACAUUUGUGAGCCGGAUGACAGAAUGACAUCUGUACAGAACUCCGAUUCUCCACCUGUGGAAAUACACCCAGCAGAAAGCCACUCCGAGGAGUUCCCAAUUGAGGAAAGUAUCCAACUUGAACUCCCAGUGGAGGCAGCAACCACCCUGAGUCCACAGUUCCAUGUGUCAGGUGCGGCCGACGAGAGCCUGUUUGAUGCUACCCUGUUGGUGGAGCCCAGGGAGCAGCUGACCGACAUCCUGUUUGCCUCCCCAGGGGGCAGGGGGCCGCAGGGCCCCAGGCUGACCUCCAUGGUGGGACCUCAGACGUCGACUGGCCGGCUGCACCAGAUUGAGAUUAAACUGGCUCCGGUCAGCUCUCCUCCAACCACGACAGACUCAUCGCUGACAGGUGAGGGGUGCAGUCAGACUCUGGACCCGGGUUCCUGUCGGCAGUACGUGGUCAAGUGGUACUACGACCCCGAGGCCAACGCCUGCGCUCAGUUCUGGUACGGCGGUUGUCAGGGCAACGGCAACAACUUUGAAACCGAAGCCAGCUGCAGGAGUUCCUGCGUCUACACGUAACGGGCUGUGCUCAGGGAAAAUGGGGCGUGUAUGACCAACAUACUCCAUCACCGUCUCCGAGGGACGGAACAACACCCCCUCUGUGGACUGCUGCAGGUCAUGAGGUCAUAGAGCUCAGGCGUGGGCCUCCUAACAGACUCCCAGGCCACGUUCACACUGCCGGUGCUCCCGCUUCACUUUGAACUGCUGCACAUAUAUCUGCUCUUAUAUGCAUGGUUCAAUAUGCCACCCUGAUGCCACUAAUUUAAAUGUGCCUUUCAUUUGGUUGAUCUGGCUGAUCACACAACUGAAAAUGAAUCAGUAAAUUUUAAUUGUUAAAGCAAGAGUCUGCUUCCUCUGUUUGGAUACCAACCGGAGAGGCAGAUUUUUCAUGCCAGUUUUACCACAAAAUAUUUCAUGUUUAUCUGUGUGAGACAAAUAUGAAAGUGCAUGGAUCUCUUACCAUUUGUCAGAAAGAAAAUAACAGUAUUUUCUAAUAUGAAGCAAUAGUUCUUUUUAUCUAAACAUUAAAAUGGGAAACAGCUUGGGAGACAAACAUAUGUAUAUGAUGAUAUAUACAUUUUUUUAGAAAAACUAAACGUGUUUGAAGUCCUUGCUACUGACAUAAUAAUGGGAAAAAGAUAAUACCAAUUCAGUUAUGUAUAAUAUACUGGGGCAAUGACAUUUUUUGUGUGUGUGUAUUGAAGGUGAGAAGGAUUACUGUUGCCAAACAUGGCAACCAUGGCAACAGCAACAAGGAAACACACGCCAAAGAACACACAUUCUCACCGGUCAUAAAAUCAGCACAUUCCAUCCGCCUGGCAGGACCACGGCUUGUGCUCUCAGUAAUGCAACUUUGUUCUGGAUUAUGGACAGUCAGUUAUGAUAUAUGUGCCAGUAAGAAUAAUGUCAUGACUCUAUAAAGAAAGAACAGGGCGAAACUUCAGAUUUGUGGACCUUUUACCUGACAUGAGAAUAUAGUUGCAAUGUAUAUUGCUGUUACAGUUUAUGGACCUAACAAUGUACAAAACUUUCUUUUUUCUUCUUCUAGGGUACUAAAUUCUCAUGUCUCGCUAUUGUAUUUUUUGGUCACUGUUUGUAGGCGUUUCUCUAAAACAGCAGUGCAUUUAAGGGCAUGUGUACACCUAGGUAUAAUCUGUGUUAUUAAAGCGAUCGAUUGGA